GACGUGGUAGCCACGUCAACAUAAUCAUCCGAUACGAAACCCAACGAGAUAUUUUGUGACGAGCUGUCACUACCAAUGGAUAAUCAUUGAUUACUCGGUCGCUUUCAGUUCGUUUUCGUACACACAACCUCCAUUUUCGAACCCUCCAGAAUAGAAUCUCUCAACUAUAUAUAUAAUAAAUUCCUCUCAAUUUCGAUUCCGUCUUCAAUCAACACACUUCAAAAUCCCAAAAGCGCGUACGUGAAGAUUGGAGCUCCGAUAUUAGAACAUCGAUCGCCGAUUCCGUUCGUCAGAGUCGAAAGUUCGUUGUUGUUCUGUCAUAAUUCAAUUUCCAUUUCUUCAUUUUUACUCUUUCUGUUUUGGAUUAUGAAAUUGUUUUGAGUGCGAUUAUUGUGUUUUCUGUGACUUUCAUAGCUUCUUUGGAUUUGAUUCUGUUGUUAGGUAACGUAGCUUUGGUUUGAUUUUUAUGAUAAGUUUGAAUAUUCUGAUUGUGAUGUUGUUGUUUGUGAAUUUUGUGCAAUUUUGGAAUUUUUUGCUUGUUUGUUGUGGCUUUUUUUGUUUGAUUCUUGUGUUUGCUUCGUUUUAUGUUAUGUUUAUGUUUGUUUUUGUGGUAUAUAACACAAUUCAUUGUUAUAUGUGUUCCAAGGCCUUAGGUUGUAAGCCUUGAAAAUUUGAUUAGGAAUUGUUAAGCAUUUAAUUAUGAGAAAGAUUAAGGAAAACUAUGACAAUUGGUAGCUUUCUGGAAUGUUUGAAAAAUAGGACUGAUUGGUUCAACUGGUUAAAGUUUAACCCCCGGUUGAAUCAUAUAGACGUAGGUUUAAAUUGCAGUUGGGUUGCGAUUUUCCAUGUUGCGCGGUUGAUGUAUAUCCACAGUGCUGAUUUAGUAGACAUUGAAAACCUUGAUGUCUUGUAGUCGCUGACGCUUUUUUGCAAAAAGCUUGAGCCGUAACUCAAAAUUCGACACCUGGUUUGGUUAAAUAUCACAGGCCUCUAGUGGCUGAUUAUAAUUUAUGACACGUAAUAGUUUGUGUUUCAAAGUAAUUAAUUACUUGUUUGUACGCAAUUGUUCCAGUUAUAUAGAUGAAUGACCUUAGGGAAAUAAUAUUGAUUGAUAUGUGAGAGCGAAACGUUAGAAAAUUCGAGAGAGAUGAAUGAUUAUAUACUGUAUCAGUUUAGGUUAUAGGUAGAGAAGUCUUUCGGAGGGCAUCUGAAGUGGAACUACCCAGUUGUAGAAUGCUUACGCUGGGAAGAUACGAGUCUGUAAAUUUGGGAGAGAAGAAUGACCAAACAAGUGCCGGCAAUUUUGUUUCAGAUUUUGAUCCAUCUCCAACCGCAGGAAGCAAAGAAAUCACUCCUUUUAAUGCCUUGCCAUUCUGUAUUUCUGCAGUUGCAUCAAACAGAAUCUUAACAACAUAGACAACUAUGUCUUUUGUCAAUGCUUGUUUCGUCUAGCUUGGACUGUCAGAGUUUGGAGCCAAUUUCGAUGUUGUUGGAACCUCGUACGGGUGGGAUAUCCUUUUUGCAUAAUUCACAGAAACUGUCUAUUUGUUUCUUUUUCGGACAUCAAGAAGAAUGACUUUGAUGCUAGUUUGGCUCACAUACAAUCACCCUCUUGUAUUAGCACCGGUUUUUCCUUCCUACUUCCAACCGUCUUUUUGUCCAAGUUGGAAGACAACCCUGCUGCAAACCUUCUAUGAGAUAAGGAUUAUCUUAACAUAGUCCUUGGAGUAGUGUGAAUGUUCAAUUUGAUGAUAUGGAGUGAUUAUAUAUUUGGUUUUGGUAAGUUUCGGUUUCUGGAAGAGUCAAUGCUGAACUACAUUUUAAGGUUGAAGUUUCUUUUGGUUGCCUCCACUGUAGUUGGAUUUGAUUCUGGGAGUUCUUCAAGGAAUCAAGUGUCCGUACAAUGCUAAUUGUAUUUACUGCCGAAGGCUGUGAAGAACCCCAGUGCUACCUUGUAAUAUGUGGAAUUCUUGUAUAUAAACUUGUAUUGUUGUGUUCCUCUCUUGGGGUAGUGGUGUUUGGAGCUUCAUAAAACUAUUUGUGUUGCUGAUUACAAUUGGUCUGCUGCAGUAUACAAGAAAUCAACACUGCGUUUGGUGUUUACCUGGCUUGAUGGGGUGACUAAAUAUGCCUUUAGAAGUUUUAGGAUUAUUUCUAAAUUUGUUCCUACAUGCAGGUCCUUAAGCUUACUUCCUACUUCUAGAUAUAGUUGAUAAUCUUAUUUGAGGAUAGCUUGUAUCAUGGGUGAGGUGGCAGUGUUGCACUCCGAACCUCUGCACUUCGAAUGCAAUGACACGAAACAUAUGAUAGAAGAAGACGCUUAUCCUGCAAAAUCAAAUCCGGAAUCCUUUCCUGGAGAAGAAUGUCAGUCUAUAAACAAAAAUGAUUUGCAAGAUAAAGGAUAUAUGGAAUAUGGAUGCCAACAUUACCGUAGAAGAUGCCGAAUCAGGGCCCCCUGUUGCAAUGAGAUUUUUGAUUGCCGCCAUUGUCACAAUGAGGCGAAAAAUGAUAUCAAUGUAGAUUAUAAGCAUAGACAUGACAUGCCUCGACACCAAGUCAAACAGGUGAUAUGUUCACUUUGUGGGACUGAACAAGAGGUUCAGCAAAACUGUAUUAAUUGUGGUGUUUGCAUGGGCAAGUACUUCUGUGAGACAUGCAAGCUCUAUGACGAUGAUAUAUCUAAGCAGCAGUACCAUUGUAAUGGCUGUGGAAUUUGCAGAACUGGUGGACACGAGAAUUUCUUCCAUUGUAAUAAGUGUGGUUGUUGCUACUCAACUCUGCUGAAAAACAGUCACCCCUGUGUGGAAGGAGCAAUGCAUCAUGAUUGCCCCGUUUGUUUUGAGUAUUUGUUUGAAUCAAGAAAUGAUGUCAUUGUUAUGCCAUGCGGACAUACAAUCCAUAAAAGCUGUCUGAAUGAAAUGAGAGAACAUUACCAGUACUCAUGCCCUCUCUGUUCGAAGUCAGUCUGUGAUAUGUCAAAGGUUUGGGAGAAAUUGGACAUGGAGAUUGCUGCUACGCCAAUGCCUGAACCAUAUCAAAAUAAAAUGGUCUGGAUCCUGUGCAAUGACUGCGGACAAACUUCUCAUGUUCGGUUCCAUUUCGUAGCUCAAAAAUGCCUCAACUGCAAAUCCUAUAACACUCGACAGACGAGAGGAUGAACAAAAUUGGCUUUUAAUUAUGCAUUUGUUUAAUAAUGAAAUGAAAGUUUCCAUUUCAUUUCGUUUGAUUUAUUUUGAUUUCCUCUCUUAGCUACAAGGAUGAUGUACACUUGUGGGAAUUUCAACAGCUUAGACACAAAGGAAUGAUGAUUCUUCAUUUUGAUUUUGUGUCGGUGAGUAACGAGUUGGUUCGCGUUUGGGAAUUUGUCAUUUGAUGGAUUAGCUCUCAUUCUUGUAUUAUUGAAACGUGUAAUAUUUUUUAUUAUAUUAGCUAUGCAAAUCAGUAGUAUCCUUGCACUUUCGAGUAA